AUGGGUGCAUAUAGGGGUUUUUGUGCGGUGGGGAUAUUGUUGGAGGCGGAUGGGUGGGCUAUGUCGGACGCGGUGGCGCGAAGAAAAAGUAAUGACUGGAACGCGCAUGGACAGCACAAAGCACACAUAGGAUCCAUUCGACUCGAAUAUCACGUCCGUUUGUAUUUUCAGACCAGACCGCAUCCUCUGCCCUCUUUUCGCUCCGCCACGUUAUGCACACUGCCUGGCUCCGCGCGACGCGGCACGGCUCCCCUCUGCGUUGGAAUCUGA